AGAAUUCAGAUUUGUUUUUGUUUUUUGACAUUUCAUUUUGUUUAUUAACACGUAUAAUGUACUAUUGAACCCGAAUCAUUAAAAGUAAAUUAAAUAUAAAAAUAUUGUCGCUUUACAGAGAUAUUAAGAACGUAUCUUGAGUUACUGAGAUGUCUUCAACCCCAAUGGCUUCCUUAACAGAAUCAAGCACUUUAGAGUUCCCUGACAACCACACUAAAUCGUCAGCAUGUUUGAGUGUUUCAACAAGCAAAGUUAACGAGCCUUUACAGAACCUGCACUUGGCAUCUCAUGAGGUACUUGAAAGAGCGCAGACAGCUGGAAGAUCAAAAUGCUCAAAAUGUAGUGGUUCAAGGAUGUUUUAUUGUUACACGUGUUGCUCUUUAGUAGGAGUGAUUGAAGACGAGAUCCCCAAAGUCAAGCUUCCACUGAAGAUCGAUAUUAUCAAGCAUCCUAAUGAAACGGAUGGUAAGAGCACAGCGGUACAUGCUAAACUCAUUGCACCAGAUGAUGUUAGCAUUUAUACAUACCCCUGCAUUCCUGAGUAUGAAGAUAAAAGACACGAAAUUGUAUUAGUUUUCCCAGGUCCAGAUUCAGUUACUGUAGAAGACAUUAUCAAUCGGCUCUUAAGGCUUGCUGACAGGGGCUCUCUGUGUCUUCAAGACCACCACAGAUCAGCAGAAGAACCUGCUCCUAAAAGGGUGAAGCAAGACACAGCAGCAGAUGGCGAAGCCCCUUCUCUGAAGAAAGAAGCAAAGCAAGGGAGGCAUAAGCAUGUUCUGAAAAGAGUUGUGUUUAUUGACAGUACCUGGAAUCAGACCAAUAAAAUAGUUACUGAUGAACGACUUCAAGCUUUGCUUCAAGUGGAAUUGAAAACAAGGAAAACCUGUUUUUGGCGUCAUCAGAAGGGAUCCCCUGACACGUACCUCUCCACUAUUGAGGCAAUUUAUUAUUUCCUGGUAGACUUCCACCAGGAGUGUUUAUCAGAAGAAUAUCAUGGAGAAUAUGACAAUCUGCUGUUUUUCUAUUCAUACAUGCACAAGCUCAUCAACAAAGCCAAGCAUGCCGCAGGAAAACUGUGACUUCGUAACACACUAAACUGCAGGUGCCCAUCCAGUGCCAGCUUUACCUAUCUUGUUGAAUGAUGGAUUUUCAUUUUCUUAUCUUGCUUUUUUUUUUUUUUUUUUACUGGUGAAUUGGAAACACACAAGUGACCCAUUCUUUAUUGUAAAAUUCUAACUAGUUAUCAUACAUUGAAUGUUGUAUAAAGAAUUGUUAUUAGCAGUUUACAGAUUCUGAAGAGCGAUCAAUCAAGACCUAAUACAAGCUGAUUAAGGAAUUACAGUAAUGUUUUUAAAGAGCUCCAAAUCAGGUUUUCGGUUUGUGUCAUUUGAUUACAGUGCCUGGGUGUACUGACACAGUAUGAUGAAAAGUCAUUUUGGGACUGUGAAGAAUGUUGGGUGGGUAUUGCAGCACAGGCGUUGUUUAAAAAUAAUAGCUAUGCUAAAUACACGCUCAUACCCACAAUAAUGAGGUUUUGACAUCAUACAAGUCAUGACACAAUACAUAUAAACAUGGUAGUGUAUUGAGGUGAAUGCCUCACACAAUGUUCUGUUUUGAAUUAAAGUAAUUAAAAUAAGGUCAUCAUCUUUCAAAUUAAAUUAAUUUUCCCUCAUUAAAUGUUACAGGCCAACAUAGGCAACCAUCAUAAUCACUCAAACAAGAAUCGCAUUAGCUCAUAUGUAAAAGGGGGGUUAGUGGGUUAAAAAAAAAAAAAAAAAAAAUUUGAACUUUAAAAGCAUUUGUUUAAUUUAAGUCAGGUUCACCAACUAAUCAGAGCUAAAUUGCACAUACCUGUACGCUUUUUUUUUUUUUUUUUUUUUAAAUAUAUAUGCUAGUUAUUUGUAACGUUCAACAGAUGAAAUCAAUUUUUGUCUAGUAAAGUCACAGUGACACACGGAUGGCUGAUAUUUAGUGCCAUAGGGAACUAAACAGCUUAGUAGUCCUUUGUUUAAAAUACUUUUGCCUUUUGAAUGGGUGGUUGAACUUGUGCAUCAGCGAAGGCUGCGCUAUGCUCGAGUUGCACUCCCAUUUAUUUUUAAUCUUUUCAAUAUUAGUCCUGUCAAAUCUUCUUGGUUCCUAAUACCUCUUAGUGCAAUUGCCUAAUGUACAGAAAAUCCAGAUUAUUGGUUUUGUUGUAAAGUGUCUACCGACAUUGUUACAACUGACAAUUUUCAAAUUAGAAUUUCAACCUACAAAUAUCAUAUACACUGAAAAGCAUGUAAUUUUAUGGGCAAAACUGAAACACAAGUACAUUAUUUAGUGACAGCUUUCCCACUACCUUUCCUUAUUUAUUUGUUUAAAUGUAUUUGUUUCCAGCAUAAGUCUGUGGAAUUGUCUAGCCAGUGUAUUAUUCACUUUGAAACGGGGCAU